AUGGCAAUUGGAAUCUCGUUCAUUCCUUUGGCUAGUUACACAAUUUUGUGUAUUAUCAUGCUAAUUGUUGUUGGUGGUGGACAUGUUUCGUCAACAUUAGCUGAAGAAACUAAACCUUUCCCAGUAAUGAGAAUGUUUAAUUUGAAAGCAAGCCAUCAUUCCACCUCCACAACAAGUGAUGAUUCCAUCUCCAUGGUUUUAGGAAAGAUUAAACAACUUCCUUUCAUCCCAACUACCAUGCACCCAUUCACCAGCAAUUCCCAAUUGACCAAAGCAAUCGCUUCAGAUCCUUACGAUUUGGCUGAAUAUCCUCACUAUAAGAAAGUCUCUGAACAACAAGUUAGAAGCAUGUACUCUAAUAUUGUCAAUAGCAAAGCAUCUAAAAGAAGUAUCAAGAAAAAUCUUGACAUGUUGGUUACAGAAAGUGUUGAUUAUGUCAACUUGAAUGAUGUUUCUCGUUUUUCAGCAAUGGGAUCUUUGCAUAGAUAUUCUGUUGAUGCAAAUGUUUUAUCAGGUGUUGCUUCAUUGGAUUAUGAGCAAAAUGUAUGGGAUGUCACAUGUUCUGUCCUGUCAGAUGAACAAACUGAAAUUGUUGUUGAUUUUGCAAAUGGUCAUACAACUGCCAUGAAAUGGGUACCAGGUACAAGAAUUAUCAUUGGAAAGCAAUGGAAUUGUUAUGGUGAUUUGACUGAUCAACUUUACAAUAAGGAUCAAGCAAGAUUUUACUUGAUUUUGACAAGAUCUAUUAUCGUAACAGAUGAAAACAUGUUGAGAAUUAAAUUCCUCACACAACCACUCACCUUCUCUCAAUUAUUUAUGAAUGGUAGAGUUGAAUAUUCUUCCACACCUCUCUUGACAGAAUCUUUGGACGAAACUAAUGUUUUCACUCAAGGUGCAUCUUCAAGAAGUCUCAGAUCAAGAAAGGCACAAUUUUCUUACACUAAAAGAAUGGCAGCAUUCAAUUUCAAUUACAAUGAUGCAACUGGUCAACCUGUCAAUGAUGAAGUUACCAUGUAUGAUCAGGAUGGUUUGAAAAUUAUUUGUGAAAAGUGUUAUGCUUAUUUGAAUACCGAAUUCAGAGUAGAAUUUGAGUUUUCAUGGACUCAAUUACAAGUUACCAAGGCAGAAGCAUCUGUCGGUGGUCAAUGGAAGGCAACUGCCAAUGUCAAGGCCAGUAUUACAAAAUCUUUCCAAAAAAAGAUUGGUCCAAACACUAUUAUUCAAACUCCACCAAUUGGUUUGACAUUCUUCAUUUGGGUAAUUCCAGUUUAUGUAGAUUUCACUCCAAAACUUCAAUAUUCCUUCAAUUUCCAAUUGACUGGUACUUUGGAAUAUUCCAGAAAGUUUGAUAUGGCCUAUGAGAAGUAUAUUGGUUUCUCAUAUACACCAGAAGCAGGUUAUAAUAAGGUUACUAGAGGUGAUGAUGCCAUUUCCUUCACAAGUUCUUCACCUGGUCUUCGUAUUGAGCUCGAUGGGUCAAUUGAGGUUGCACUCAUUCCAGCAUUGGAUAUUACUUUCUAUAAAUUGGCAACAGUUUCGAUUGGAAUUGUGCCAUCUUUGAAAGCAGAUUUACAUGCAGAAGGUAUCAUUUCCUCACUUGAUAAUUACAAGGCAUUCGUUAGUGUCAAAUGUUCUUACAAGAUUGGUUUGACAUUUGAUGUUUUAAUCAAGAACUUUGAAUUUACUUUAUUAGAUUAUCAACCAAUUGAAAAAUUGAGUGGAACCUAUUCCAUCCAAUCAGCAUCCUACAAGGCAAUCAAUCCAAAUGAUCAAAUCUAUUCCAAAGAUAAUUUACUCCCAACCAUUCCAGACACAGCAACAACUUCCAACACCAUGUUCUCAUUCGAAAUUAGUGGAUUGACAGGUAAUUACUACAUGGAAUAUCAAUAUCAAGAUAUCAAAUUGAGCCCAUUGCUAUACAGAACUGCACCAACUCAAUCCUGUGUUUCAGGUUCUGUCUGUAAAAUUGCCGAAUUGAAACCUGACUUUAGUUAUUCCUAUCUUUACUUUAGAUUUUUGAAGGAUGUUCCAUUGUGGUUUGAUGAUACUGUAUUGGUGGAUUAUAUUGAGCAGAAGAAUUAUGUUACUACUCAAUCGAGUCAAACCAUAUUUGGUAAUACUAAUGCUAAAGUUAUUGUAAAGCCAACUGAUUUGACAAUUUCAUUUUCGAAUACUCCAACUAAUUCGUUUAAAUUACCAACUGGUAUUAGUACUAUUAAUGUAAAAUUAUCUCCAAUCAAUAGUUUGUAUUACAUUUCAUUUACAACAGAUAGUGCCAUUUCCAUCACAAACGUUGCCAUGCAAUUUAGCUCAGAUUCGAAUGGUUUCCAUUAUGCUUUCAAUGGAACUCUUCCUGGAGGUACAAUUUUAAUUUCAAAUUCUGUUUCUGACAAUAAUUUGAAAUUCCAUCAAUAUUUCUCAUUUGAUUUGACAAAGGAGAAACAAACUUUAACUCCGGCACCAACUCCUAUUACAAGUAUGAAUGCUAUUAGUUCAUUCCUACAAGUGGUAAAGAAGAAUUCUCCAAGAUAUGCCGUCUCUGCAAAGAUUAAAGGUAAUUUCGUUGUCAUGAUCUUUGAAGGUUGGGACAAUGGAGUUUCUUUCGUUCAAACUAAAGGAAGAAAGUUUAGUCAAACCUCAAUUCCUAUUAAGAAUGGAAAUGUCACUCUCACUGAGCCAUUAUCUUAUUACUGGACUAUUUCCAUGGAAAAUGACUUUGGUUCAUCGAGUCAUUACAUUGCAGCUCAAUUCCUUCCUGUUGAUUCGUAUGGUUUCAUAUUGGAAAGUGUCAAGAUUGAUCCAUAUACUGAAUUGAGUGUUUCAAGUUCUAAUACUUUGGAGGAUGUAGACAAUGCCAUUAUUAAUCAAGUUUCUAGCGUUAAUUUGUAUCCUUACAUGGCAGUUUCUAGACCAGAUUCGAAUAGUUUCACUGCCAGAUUAGGUAACUCUGUAUUUGAUGUUUUUAACAAUUUAAAGUCUCAAAUCUCACUUUCCAUUCAAAAAUCUGCUCGUAUCCCCAUUGACAAUUCCUAUCUCAACGCCGACGGCUCAUUAGCUCUUUCACUUUCCUCCUCAGCCAACGUUACAAUCUUUAACAAUUACAAAUUAUUGAAUGGUAUGGCAUCUGUUGGAAAGAAAUUCGAAAGUGCACUUUCAUUUGCAGUUUCAUGUGAUACCUUAUUGAGUGUUAUUGGUGAUUUGAGUAGAUCUGGUGAUAUUUUCAUUAGAAUUUUGGAUGGGUUGACCAAUAGAGCUCUUGAAAAUAGAGGAUUUUCCAUUAGUUUGGAAUUGGCAAAACCAAACUCUGAUAUAGUUUCAAUUCAUAUGGUUAAUUCCAAAUCUGGUUUGAAUGAGGCAUUGUUUAAUGUUGAUUCACCUUCUAAAAUCUUGAGUUCAUGCAAUUCGAAUCCAACCUAUUAUGUCAGAGUUAUUCUCACACGUUUGGAUGUUUCUCUCUCAAGUAAGACAGUUCAAGUAGAAUUCUCGUUCAGUAAGAAGGUUCUUAGCACUCUCCCACAAACAAGAAGUAUUCUAUCCGAAUCCAUUGAUCCAAAGACGAAAGGUAUUUCCAUUUUGGAUUUGAGUGAUUUAAUUCAAAAAGAAAAGAGUUUGGGAAGUAUUGGUAUUGUAUUGCAAGCUAAUACUCAAAACUGCAAUAUUGACAUGUAUAUUAAUAGUAAUAAUGCAAGUGCUCCUCCAUCUUUCUUUGAUCCAGCAACAAUAUUCGAUUCCACUUCAAGAAAUUCCCUCACUUAUGAAGCAUUGCCAAUUUCCUUCCUUUCUUCAUAUGGUUCCAGUGUCAUGCUUUAUUCUGAAAGUGCAUGUACUUUUGAUUUAUCCUAUUCUCAAUUGAAACUUACCUAUUUGACAAUGAAAUUUAUAGAUUUGAAGGGAAGUGCAGUUGAUAGUGUGAUUUUCUAUUCAAACACCUCAACAACCAUUCAAUUACUUAUCAAUGAUGAAAAUCAUUCAUUCGAAAAGACUUGGGUAACUUCACUUCAAUCAAAUCCAUCAUUGAUUUUCUCAAUUUUCAAAUCUACAAAGAAAUCAGAUGGAACAGCAGCUAAAUUGAGUGAUUAUUUCAAGAGUGCUGUUUGUAAUUUAGUUAAUGCUCAAACUCUUCAAUUCGAAAUGAUUCCAAAGAGUGGAGUUGUCUUUACCAAUAUUUUAUCAAUUGAAUUCAAUGCUCAAAAUUCAAUGUUCACAUCAAGAUAUAAUUUGAGAUCAUCAAAUGUUGUUAGUUUGGGAGAGAAUGUUCAACCUAUUGUUUACAAAUCUACAUCUUCUGGUCAACCAAAGGGAGGACAAUCUGGAAGAAUGAAUGGAGGAAAUGGCUUGAAUUUGUUGUUGGUUUGUUAAUGACAAUCUUGUUGAAUAUUGUUUUAUUGUUGUAAUUGAAUAAAAACUUCAUCUAUUCAUUG